CUCCACUUUUUUGUUCCGAUUGAUCCUGCUAUGUCUGUUUGGGUGGAUUACAGUUUCAAUCAAAAGUUAUGUAUAUAAGUCCAUGGUUUUUAACAUUAGUUCAUUAACCCACAGGGUUAGAGAGUGGAUGUAAAACCAACUGCUGGAGGAGAGCGAUUACAUACGUUUAAGUCUUUCAGCAUGAAGAACCCACGCAGCUAACAGACUGGAAGAUACGGUCUCUACACUGUUCAUCACCAGGGAAAUAGGAAAAGGAGAUAGGCUACACAGAAAUCUUCAGGUUGUGAGUUUUGUUAUCUAAGUUGGGGGCUCCGCGCGAUGCAAAUUAAGUGAAAUAAAGCAGAAACAUAUGCUCAGAAUGGAUUUACUGGAUUGUAAAGGAUUGUUUCAAUAGGGAUUGAAGAAGAAUUGCAAAAUCCCCUUUUUGUAAAUAUUUUUCCCUCGGAAGAUUGUAAAGGUGGAGCGAUUAGGAAAGGCUGAUGACGGACCUAUUAAUCCUUUCAGUGCAUCAAAGGCACCAAAAGGUCUUGGAAACGUUUGGAUGGAAAUCGGGCGAAUGUUUAGACCGCUUUAUGGUUUUAUAUGAAACUGGUGAUUAGUGCUUGGUUUACUUCAGGAAUUCGUUCUUUUUAUUUUUGAAUAAUUACUCAUUUUCCGCUCUUUAAUUAUGUUUUGGGUGGUUGGAUAAUGAUCCUUAUUCAUUUGUGAAAUUCCCAAUAUAUCAAUAAUUUCCACUUGAGAUAUUCCUGUAUCUAAAUGGAAUUAGUUGAGAUUGAAGCCCCUUGUAAGAGGAACAGACAUGGUACAUGGGCGCAGUUUGCUUCACGUUGUUGCAAGUCUCAUCAUACUUGGGUUGUCUGGUGCAACAAAGAAGGAACAAGUGAAAAACAAUUCAGGAGUCCAACCAGCAGGUCAAUGUGGAACCUGGGUCAAAGAACCAGAAGGAGGCCUAUUCACUUCUCCAAAUUACCCCAACAAAUACCCACCAGAGCGAGAGUGCAUUUACAUUCUUGAAGCUCCACCAAGACAGUGUAUUGAUCUCUACUUUGAUGAAACGUAUUCAAUAGAACCUUCAUGGGAAUGCAAAUUUGACCAUAUUGAAGUUCGGGAUGGGCCAUUUGGCUUCUCUCCAAUAAUUGGACGCUACUGUGGCCAACAAAGUCCACCCUACAUCAGAUCCAGUGGCAGAUACCUUUGGAUAAAAUUUGUCGCUGAUGGAGAAUUGGAAGCUAUAGGAUUUUCCGCAAGAUAUAACUUCACUGCAGAUCCUGACUUUAAAGACCUUGGAGUCCCAAAACCUCUGCCCGUUUGUGAAUUUGAAAUGGGAGGACCUGAAGGGUUUGUCGAAUCUCAGCAAAUCACCAAAGAUGGCAAAGCCUUACAAACGGAAGCAGUGGACUGCAAGUGGUACAUCCGAGCCCCUCCACGGUCCAAGAUCUACUUGCGGUUCCUGGACUACGAGAUGCAGAACUCGAACGAGUGCAAGCGCAACUUCGUGGCGGUGUACGACGGGAGCAGCUCGGUGGAGGACCUGAAGAGCAAGUUCUGCAGCACGGUGGCUAAUGACGUGAUGCUGGUCACGGCGCUGGGGGUAAUCCGCAUGUGGGCAGACGAGAGCAGCCGCAAGAGCCGAUUCCGGAUCCUCUUCACCACUUUCCAAGAGCCCCCGUGUGAUGCCGACGCGUUCUUCUGCCACAGUAACAUGUGCAUCAACAACACUCUGGUGUGUAACGGGGUGCAAAACUGCGUCUAUCCAUGGGAUGAGAACCACUGCAAAGAGAAAAGGAAAGCAAACAUUUUGGACAACCUCAACAACACCAAUGGAACAAUAAUCGGGGUCACCUGUUGCAUUGUGAUUAUCCUUCUCAUUGUGUCCGUUAUAGUUCAAAUCAAACAGCCGCGCAAAAAGUACAUAAUCAGGAGAGAGGACUUUGACCCCACUAUGUUCCAGGAGGUCUUCGAGCCCCCCCACUAUGAACUGUGCACCCUGCGCAGCGCGGCCGCCUCUGCCGAUCUGGCGGACCUGGCCGACGACUUCGAGAACUACCACAAACUGAGGCGGUCCUCCUCCCGGUGCAUUCACGACCACCACUGUGGAUCCCAGAUCUCCAGCCUCAAGGGCAGCCGUAGCAACCUCAGCACGCGGGAAGCCGCCAUCCUGACGGACAUUCAGCCCCAGCCAGUCAGGCCCCUGAUCCCGCCCACCAACCGGAGGAGCAUCCUGGUGAUGAAGCACAGCUACUCGCAGGACGCCGCCGAUGGGUGCGACCUGGACGAGGACCUGGAAGAGGUGCCCACCACCAGUCACAGGCUCUCCCGCCAUGAGAAAGCAGUGCAGCGACUUCUUGAAAAUAGUGCAAUCCUGGAUGAGUACGAACAAGCUGCAAUGAAAUAUGAACAAAUGGACCGGAGAUAUACACCAGCAUGAUGAUAUGCGGACACUUUUAGCGCACUAUCUUAAAAAUCCAAUACAUGUAAAUAUACUACAAUAAUAGAGCUGGAUGGCAGUGAGGAUUAUGUUUUUUUUUUUCUUUUUUUAAUAACUCUCAAAAGUCAGCAAAACUUGAAUUCAGGUAGACUGUUCCAUUGCUGUCAUUUACACUCCAGUAUAUUUUGUAAGUUCAGCUGAUUGAAUUCAGAAUGAAUAAUAUAUUGUUACUUCAAAGUUUGAACAGUUAUAUUGUUAGACAGUUUUUUUUUGUUUGUUAGUUUUUUUUUUUUUUGCUCAAAGAACAUGAAUUUCGACAAACAACAAGGAUAAGAUUUGUUUUCAUCAAUUGACAUGUGUUAAAAGCAUGGCCUACUACUUUGUGUUUUGUGCAACCAGGUACAUAAUUUGGUUUUGUGAUUAAUGCUUGUAAUCUGAAAAUUUAUAAAGAUAUAUGUAGCAACUGUAUUAAAUGAUCACUUUCUAUGACUAAUUUCAAAUCUAUCCAUUUUUUUUAUUUAGAAGUUGAAAAUUUUUCUAUACAAAUUUCAUGAAUAAGGAAUAAUAAGGGCAUGCUUUUUAUAUUUUAUCAGAACAUAGUUUAAGAACUGCUCUAUAAACGUGCGUUCUAAAUAGUUUACACCAAUUGAAAGUUACCUAUAAAAUCAUGGCGACUACAAUUUGACUGUCUUUUAAAUUAAUACUUAGGACAAAUAGUAAAAUGCAUGCUAAGCUUAAUAAGAUUAUAGACUCACAAUAGACAAAACAUUCUUAACCCAUUUAAUUUUAAUGAAAUAUAACUUUUCUGCUUGAAUUUUAUUUUUUUAUUUAUUUUAUUUUAUUUAUUUAUUUUAUUUAUUUAUUUAUUUAUUUUUCAUCUAACAAAAUUCCCAUACAUUUCACACUGGUUCCUGAUAGUAUGGAGUCCAGCAAUAACUUUUUACACAAAAUCAUUUCCAUUGGGGACAAUAAAAAAAACUGACUCAUUUAAACGCACCAAUAGAAUGCCUUUCCUUACAAUGCCUUUCCUUCCUUCUCAGUUUAUUAUGAAUUGUCAAAAUAAAUAAACCAAAAUUUGCUUAUUUUAAUGUUUUCAUCAAAACUGUUAAGUUUAUUGAGUUUUCCUUGUUAUGUGAUUUUCCCCCCUAAGAAAUUUUCUCUUCAAAAUUAUUUUAUCUGAGAACACAAGCUAAUAGUGGACAUUACAUUUGGCUAUUUAGCAAACACCGAUCUACAGCAACAUACUGCACAUUGAAUACAUUUCUACAUACUGUAAAAUCCAUUUUGCUGAAGCUAUUCAGAUUAUAUUCCUUGCUAUGUCCCGUAAGCUAUGUUUCCAAUUACCCAGAGUACUGCCUAUCCAUCCAGAUAGUUUCACUGAGAUUUGACAAGUUUUCUAAAUAUCUGCUGUAGCUCACCAGAUAUUAGUACAGCGGACCUCACCCGUUGUACUACCCUGUUACCAAAACAUUAUGCUACACUGCCAUCCCAGACUAGAAGAUAUAGGAGGCUCACCACUGUUACUUCCUGCAGCACACAGCUAUAGACUAGUGCAGCGUUUACCUGUUAACUACAUUUGUACUGUACCCACAUUCCGUCAUUUCAUAUACAACACAGCAUUGUCCUGUAAGUCACAGAAGGAAAUGCAUGCAUAUACAAGGUGCUUUGAUAAUACCCAUAAGAGCAGAGAAUGACAGCUGUUAACAGCCCACAAGGUUCUUGAAUGACAUGUGCACCCUGUAUUUAUUGUAAGUGUUGUGUCUCCCAGAAUAAAUAUUGAAUACAUUUUCACUAUAUGUGCGGUAUGCCCUUGCACAAAAAUAUCAGCAGAUGCUAAAUUAAUUGAAAAACAAUAUUUUCAAUUUGAGAUAACGUGUUUAUACAAACUUACUAACAAAACUAUUAAGGGCUUGGAUGAGCACAGUGUGAUGCAGCCAAACUACUUAAUAGGCGCAGUCAAUUCUCAAGGAGAAUACACUUAUCACAAGAUAAAUGAACAAUGAAUGAGUCCUCAUCUGAUAUAAAUGUAUCCAUUUGUUGGGAAACUACCGCUAAGAUUAUAGCAUCAUUUAAACCUACUGUUCAGUCAUUUUGCAUUUACUGGAAUGUCUGGAAAAGCCAAUAUAUGCAGUAUGAAAUACAUGUAAAUAAUUCUUGCCCCAAGAUGUUUUGAGAAUCCAAAUCCCAGAGCACAGCAAAUGCUCCAGACCUCUAAUGAUUCUGGAAAACACAGAAGAAACUAACUCUGGCUGAGCCUUGAAGGACGUUUUGGUAAAUUGAACUGUGCCUAUGUAGAAUCCAUUUAUGACUUGUCGUUUUCCUUCAAUUUACAGACAGAAGGCUAGCCAGUCCAUUACUAUAUGCAAAGAAAGUUCUACAGCAUCCUCACUGCUAAAUAAAUAUAAAUUGAUAUAGAAUAGAAUAGCUUUAUUUUUUCUAGGGGAACUUAAGGAUAUGGAAUUUCCUUCUCACAAAACUAGAAAUCUUCUGAAGACCUUAACAUUCACAUAUGAAACUGUCUAUUUAAUUACCAGAUCUAUUCAGUUCAGUUUGAAAAUACAUCAGAAAUUAUCUUUUGAUAAGGUUUUUUCAACAUUUAAGCUAUUCUACUUUGGCCUUCAAAUCAGGACCAUUGUCUGUGGUUGAUAUUUUACACAAAUGCACAUAAAUGUGUGUUGUUGGCCAUGAUGUGUUUAUUAUUCAUAUUUACAUAAGUGUGUGUCACUUAUUUUGAUUUUCCAUUACAAAUUGUGAAGUCCUAAAUUCUUGCUGUCUUUUUGUCUGUUUCCUGUGUUGCAGAUAUUUGUAUAGAAUUUUUUGUUCUUCAUCAUAGAGGUGCAUCAUUCUGACAUCAUUCAGCAUACAGGAUUAUGUUAAGAUUUCAGUUAAUAUCUUACAGAAAACAUGUACCUAAUAUGAUUUAGAACUUAUUGCAUUCUAAUCGUUCAAACUAGUUAAUUGAUGCAUGAAUAAAUUCAGACCUUUUAAUGGAAUGCUGUUCGUGUACAGACAAUGUUGCGCUCUGCAUUGAUCACUUAAACGUGUGUACCUUAACAUUUUGUAAACAUUAAAAAUUAUAAUAAUGACA